CGCCGGCUCGGCGGUGCGUGCGGAGCCGGCCGGGCGAGGAGGCGGGAUAACGUCGGCGCGGUCGCCGCUGCCGCCGCCCCUCCUCCUGUUCCAGCCGCCGUCGCCGCCGCCGCCGCUUCACGGCCGAGUUCUCGCGGCCCCGGCGGCGCCCGGCGUGUCCAGCUGCGCGGCCCCCACCCGCGUCCGCCCCGCCGCCGCGAUGGCGACUCGCUCAUGCCGGGAGAAGGCGCAGAAGCUGAACGAGCAGCACCAGCUCAUCCUGUCCAAGCUGCUGAGGGAGGAGGACAACAAGUACUGCGCCGACUGCGAGGCUAAAGGUCCUCGAUGGGCUUCCUGGAAUAUUGGUGUGUUUAUUUGCAUCAGAUGUGCUGGCAUCCAUAGGAAUCUUGGGGUUCAUAUAUCCAGGGUCAAGUCAGUCAACCUAGACCAAUGGACACCGGAACAGAUCCAGUGCAUGCAAGAUAUGGGAAAUACUAAAGCAAGACUACUAUAUGAAGCCAAUCUUCCAGAGAACUUUCGAAGACCACAGACAGAUCAAGCAGUGGAAUUUUUCAUCAGAGAUAAAUAUGAAAAGAAGAAAUACUAUGAUAAAAAUGCUAUCGCUAUUACAAAUAUUUCCUCCUCUGAUGCUCCUCUUCAGCCUUUGGUAUCCUCUCCUUCUCUACAAGCUGCUGUUGAGAAGAACAAAUUGGAGAAAGAAAAAGAAAAAAAAAAGGAAGAGAAAAAGAGAGAAAAGGAGCCAGAAAAGCCUGCGAAACCUCUUACAACUGAAAAGCUACAGAAGAAAGAAGAUCAGCAAUUGGAGCCUAAAAAAAGUACCAGCCCUAAAAACGCUGCAGAGCUCACUGUUGACCUUUUAGGACUCGACGGCCCUGCCGAGGUGCCAGUGACUAAUGGGAACACAGCCACGGGACAGGCCUUGAACGAUGAUCUGGACAUCUUUGGACCGAUGAUUUCUAAUCCCUUACCCGCGACUGUCCUGCCGCCAGCUCCGGGGACGUCCUCUGUACCAGCAGUUGCCGCUCUGUCUGCAGUGACAUCUGGGGAUCUGGAUCUAUUCACUGAGCAAGCUACUAAGGCAGAAGAGGUGGCCAAGAAACAGCUCUCCAAAGACUCCAUCUUAUCUCUGUAUGGCACAGGGACCGUCCAGCAGCAGAGCGCUCCUGGUGUGUUUAUGGGACCCACAAAUAUACCGUUUCCCUCACAAGCACCGGCUGCAUUUCAAGGCUUCCCGUCCAUGGGCGGGCCCGGGCCUGCAGCUCCUGGCCUUGCGGGAAGCGUGAUGGGGCCGAGCGCGGGCGUGAUGGUGGGCGUGCGCCUGCCCAACGGCUUCAUGGGAAACGCACAGACUGGGGUGAUGCCACUUCCGCAGAGUGUGGUCGGCCCCCCAGGAGGGAUGGUGGGACACGUGGGUGGAGCCCAGAGUAAGUUUGGCCUGCCGCCAGCUCAGCAGCCCCCAUGGAACCUCUCCCAGGUGAACCAGCAGAUGGCUGGCCUGAGCCUGGGGGGCGCAAGCUCCGCGGCGGGCUUCAGCCAGCCCCCCAGCACCACCGCGGGGGCCGCGGGGUGGUCGGGGGCCUCGUCAGGUCAGACGCUCAGCACGCAGCUGUGGAAGUGACCCUGCAGCACGGCGCACCGCGCUCCCCCCCGCCCCGCCCCCGACAUUCCUGCGGAGAUGCAGCCGGGUUCCCCUGUUCAUUCGUGUACAUACUAUUGUUUUCUUUUUUUCCCCAUUUGUUCAUAUUAAGAAUUAUCUGAUUGACCGUGUUGGUCUGUACUGAUGGAUUAAAUUUGCUGUGGUGAAAAGCAGGUUGAGAAACCAUUUCAUGUCGAGGGCAGCUUUUGCCCACAUUUCCCAGGAUUUCAUAGACACAGUAUCUGGGAAGCUGCUCAGUCAACGUGCAUAAUCAGUUUCCCUCUCGAUGAAAUUAUAGCUCUUAUGUUUGUUUGCAUAUAAGGGAAGUAGCUAUCAUGUUUGUUAGUAAUACCUCUAACAGUAUGAACCCCACCCCCAGAUUAGCCAGUAAUCCUGUAGGAAGGUACUGUAUGCUCAAAUGUUUAAUCAUAUAAAUAGAGUGUCAUUGUAUCACUGAGCACUGUUUUCUAGUGUAUCCAGAUUCUUUUAUGUCAUCAUUCACGUCACUGUGCCGUUGCUAUGAUGUGCUUAACCGGGAACGUGGUUAGAAAAAGGAAGAUAAACCUGGAUGAUACUACAAAAUUAGUUGUUUAACGAAUGUUUGAAGAAGUCAGAUUUUACCUGCCUCCCUUGUAAUUGGGAUCUCUUCCUAUGUACACAUAGUGCUAACAAACAGGAGACCUUUCUCUGCACUAGAUGCAAACAGGGUAACUAAACAAGCCACUUCAACCCUUGAAGGCGUAUCCAGGUUUAUGACAGUAAUUGUGUUUACAUUUUAUGGUGCCUAGUACUGACAGAUGUCAUAUCCCUGUAUUAAACAGAUGAAUCCAUA